AAUGAAACAGCUUCUAUUAGAAGUAUCGGUUGAUCUACUUUCCGUAUCACGGACCAAGAGUAAAAUUUACUUUUCCCCCUUUAAGCCUGUCGGGGGACAAAAUGGUCAUUCCGAUUAAUGGUCUGAAAGAGAUGCCGAGAUCUCGCACCGACGGAGAAGAGAGGAGCUGGGUAUAAAACGUCUCUGUCACGCGAUUCGAUCCCGUCCUCUGUUUUUCUCACAUUCUCUCCCACCAUCCGCACUACCAUUGUCGCAGUCUUCUCCUUCUGCCUCAGGUAAUGAGUUAUAAGAUCUGUAAACUACCAUUUUCAUGACGUACUCUCUUUUACCUAUCUUCAUUUCAAGUUUCAACUGAAACCCUGCCCCUAUCUCGAUCUAGAGGUCUGCCACCAGAUCCGGUCAGAAAACGGCCUGAAAUGGGAUUCUUGGAGAAAUUUAAGAUCUGGGGUUUCUUCAUCUGCUUGGUAUUUACAUUGGGUCAUGGGUUUUAUCUUCCGGGUAGUUACCCUCACAAAUAUGGGGUUGGAGAUUUCUUGAAUGUGAAAGUCAAUUCCCUGACUUCAAUUGACACUGAGAUUCCUUUCAGUUACUAUAGUUUGCCCUUCUGUAAGCCCCAAGAUGGUAUCAAGGACAGUGCUGAAAACCUGGGUGAGCUCCUGAUGGGAGAUAGGAUCGAGAACUCACCCUACAGGUUUAAGAUGUUCACAAACCAAACUGAGGCUUUUCUCUGUCAGUCCAAACCACUGUCAGGGCAAGAGUUUAAGCUACUGAAGAAGAGAAUCGAUGAGAUGUAUCAGGUCAACUUGAUCCUUGAUAAUUUGCCUGCCAUUAGGUACACCACAAAGGAAGGUUUUUUCUUGAGGUGGACCGGUUACCCAGUUGGAGUUAAGGUUCAAGAAACUUAUUAUGUGUUUAAUCACUUGAAGUUAACUGUUCUUGUUCACAAGUACGAGGAGACAAAUGUGGCCCGCGUGAUGGGUACCGGCGAUGCAGCUGAGGUGAUCCCAACGGUCGGGAAAGCAGGAUCUGACACACCGGGGUACAUGGUUGUCGGGUUUGAGGUUGUCCCUUGUAGUUUCCAGCACAAUCUGGAUUCAAUGAAGAACUUGAAGAUGUAUGAAAAAUACCCAUCGCCAAUCAGGUGUGAUCCGAGUAGAGUAGGCAUGGCCAUAAAAGAAAAUGAGCCGGUGGGCUUUUCAUAUGAGGUUAACUUUGUAGAGAGCGACAUUAAGUGGCCGUCGAGAUGGGACGCGUACUUGAAGAUGGAGGGGUCAAAGGUGCAUUGGUUCUCCAUCCUCAACUCCUUAAUGGUCAUCACUUUCUUGGCAGGAAUUGUUCUUGUCAUCUUCUUGAGGACAGUAAGGCGGGACCUGACAAGAUACGAGGAGCUCGACAAGGAGGCCCAGGCCCAAAUGAAUGAGGAGUUGUCUGGUUGGAAACUUGUCGUCGCAGAUGUUUUCCGGGCACCUAGGAAUCCAGCCUUGUUGUGUGUAAUGGUAGGGGACGGGGUCCAGAUCCUAGGGAUGGGUUUGGUCACUAUUCUCUUUGCAGCCCUUGGAUUCAUGUCCCCUGCCUCACGUGGGACAUUGAUCACUGGAAUGCUGUUCAUCUACAUGAUUCUCGGUGUUGCUGCUGGGUAUGUGGCAGUUCGUCUAUGGAGGACGAUCUUCUGUGGUGAUCACAAGGGAUGGAUUUCUGUUUCGUGGAAAGCCGCUUGCUUUUUCCCAGGAAUUUCUUUCAUUAUACUCACCACUUUGAAUUUCUUGCUUUGGGGUAGCCAUAGCACUGGGGCCAUUCCAUUCUCACUAUAUGUCAUUCUUAUCUUACUAUGGUUUUGCAUCUCGGUCCCACUUACCCUCUUUGGGGGUUACCUAGGGGCAAAGGCACCCCACAUUGAGUAUCCGGUCCGUACCAACCAAAUCCCUAGGGAAAUCCCCGCCCAAAAGUACCCGUCUUGGCUCUUGGUCCUUGGAGCAGGGACCCUACCAUUUGGGACACUCUUCAUUGAGCUGUUUUUCAUCAUGUCUAGCCUAUGGAUGGGAAGGGCUUACUAUGUCUUUGGGUUUCUCCUCAUUGUAAUGGUCCUCCUAGUGGUUGUGUGUGCUGAGGUGUCACUCGUUUUGACCUACAUGCAUCUGUGUGUGGAGGACUGGCAGUGGUGGUGGAAGUCGUUCUUUGCUUCUGGAUCUGUUGCUAUAUAUAUUUUCUUGUACUCUAUCAACUAUCUGAUCUUUGACCUCAAGAGCUUGAGCGGGCCAGUUUCGGCCACCCUUUACUUGGGGUACUCUCUUUUCAUGGUUGUGGCAAUCAUGCUUGCCACUGGUACAGUCGGCUUCCUUUCCUCGUUCUGGUUUGUGCAUUACCUCUUCUCUUCUGUGAAGUUGGAUUAAAGAAAGGACUGUUUUGUUAUCCCGGGGCUAGCUCUAUAUGAUGAUAUAUAGGAACACGGCAAGAAGAGAGAAAAAGCCAAUGACAAUACAUAUAUUUCAUCACCAUCACCUCUGAGACCGAGAUUAUAUGAUAGUGUUGUAGUUUUUCUAUAGUAGUUAUGUUUCAUGUGUUAAUGUUUGUUUCUUAGUGAACUGAAAAUGUUUGUUGCAAAUAAACCUCAACGUUGUUUUUUUUUUGUGUUUUUUUUGUCAAAUUGAUUGUCACCGGAAGUUUAUUGUAGUUUUACUAAAUCACUUAGUGCACUUUGUUUCUUCGUCA